AUGGCCUGCUCAGUAUCCUCUAUGACGGUCGAAUCCCAUCCUGAGGCGAUCUCGUCCUCCAUCUCAACCCCCGCAGAAGCCGAGGAAAUUUCUCUGAAAGAUCGGCGGAGACACUCCAAUCAUGCCCCUAGGAAACUAUCAUGCGACUACUCAGAUCCAGACACCGUCUUCCUUCGGGUCGAACUCUUCCUUGCUGAACUUGAACGGCGUAUGCACUGGAUCGAACAAUACCGCAAAUCUCACAUGGGUCCGAUCGAUGCCAGUCUAAAGCGGGGCUAUGCGGCUUUGGAGGCCGUGAGAGACCGGUGUUCUGUCGCAUCGGGUGAAAUCAUGGGUAGCGGCAAGAGAAGUGCCAAGAUAUUGGUGGAGACUCUGGAGGAUCGAUACAACGAAGCGAUGGCGACCAAGGAAACCCUCGAACAAAAGGCACAUGUCGGAGUUCGCCUGAUGGAGUCGUUCUUGUCGGAACUUGAGUCUCGAGCACACACCGUCCGUAGCCGUGGUCUAUCUGGAACCUUGGAUGAUGGGUGGAAGGCUGUGGAUUCAACAAUGGUACAUGCCCAAGAAAUUGUGGACGAGGCAAUGGAGCGAGCGCGCCAUGCUCGUGACACAGUCCUUGAGAAUAUUGAAUCUGCACUUGCUUUGGCCCAGAAGAACCGUUUGAUCACCUAUCACGAUCUUCCCGAUCCUUGGCGGGUUAAUCCCCACAUAGUGCGGGGAUACCGAUUCACACAUUCCAAGGUGGAAUGUGUGUCGUCCGCUUUCCAUUUCUCUAAUGAAAUGGUCAACAUCUGGUCCCAUGUCAUCGGCCUCAUCAUUGUCCUCGCCAUUGCCUUCUAUUUCUAUCCCCUUCACACCAACUUCAGCAUGAGCACAAACACAGAUGUGACGAUCGCCGCCGUCUUUUUCUUCGCUGCAUGCAAAUGCCUCGUCUGCAGUACCAUCUGGCACACCAUGAACAGCAUCGCCUCCCAAUCCCUGAUGGAGCGUUUCGCCUGCGUCGACUACACCGGUAUCUCAAUGCUGGUUGCCGCUUCGAUCAUGACGACUGAGUACACCGCUUUCUACUGUGAGCCGGUCUCGCGCUGGACCUAUAUGCUCCUGACCAUGACUCUGGGUAUCGGUGGUGUCAUCCUCCCCUGGCACCCCACAUUCAACCGUCACGACAUGGCUUGGGCCCGUGUCGGCUUCUUUGUCACUCUAGCCUUGACUGGCUUCGCUCCCAUUGCCCAACUAUCAUGGACUCGUGGCUUUGAAUGGUGCACCUACUUCUAUGCCCCCGUCAUGAAGAGUAUCAUGGUUUACUUUGUUGGUGCUUGCAUCUACGCCUCCAAGAUCCCCGAACGGUGGAAGCCCGGUCUGUUCGAUUACGUUGGCGGCAGCCACAACAUCUGGCAUUUGGCAGUCCUGGGAGGUAUCCUCUUUCACUACCACGCUAUGCAGGAUCUUUUCACAGGCGCUUUUCUGCGUGCCGCAGGCGAAUGUCCCGGUUUGCUGUCAUAA